GGAGCCUUGUUAUUUCUUUCCAUGGUAUAAGGUUACGAUGUUUCUCUCUUUUUGAAAUGAAUUGUUCUGCAGACAAGAUGUUAAAUUGAAAGCUGUUUAAAUGACGGGUUCCAAUCGUUAUUUUUGACUAAAGUAGAAGUAAACGGAUCUGGAUUUAUUAAUAUAUAUUUAUUAAUUUGUUAGCAUGGCAAACUGUCUUGAUAAUGAAAUAUUAGUCAAAAGUGAUGAGCUCUUAAAAUUAGAUGCUCUCUUAUCAGAAGUUGAUACGGAAUUGAAAAGUGUUGAACCCCAUUUUAAUGUAAAUAGCUCAAAAAGAAUUAAUGCCCACAAUGUGGAGAACUUCUUGCUAUGUAAAUUCAAUGAGUAUAGUAGUGAUGUAUAUAAGCCGUUAGCUGUGGAUAAUUAUAGUUUUGGAAAAGAUAUAAAUAAAGAAAAAGUAUUCAAACGUACUGCUAAAAAUUUAAGUGAGAAAGAAAUUGUGGAAAAUAAAAAAAUCACUAAUGGAUGCAAGUAUAUGGAGACGUCGUUUAAUUCCAAUGAACAUACAUAUAUUGACCCCAUUUUUGGUCUAAGAAUAUUGGGUCCUCAAAUAUCGAGUGCAUUGUUAUUGGAACGAAUGGAGGGUCGAAAAUUUGUUACAUUCGAUGAAUUAUCAAGGCAAUUUGAAGUUAAAACCGCAUCUGACUGGGUUAUUGCUGCUGUUUUAUUAUCAAAGGAAUUAAAGAGUAGUUCAAAAGAUUCCAGUCGUUUUACAAUUUGGAGGCUAUCGGAUCUUGAAGGAAAUAUAAAAACCAUUUCAGUAUUUCUGUUUCAAAAUGCUCACAAUGAAUUGUGGCAUACAUCUCCAGGAACUUGUGUGGCUAUUCUUAAUCCAACUUUAAUUGAAAAAAAUUCAUACAGACAAGACAUUGCUAAACUUUCAAUUGAAAAUGCAAAAAAAGUAUUGAUUUUAGGUAAAUCUAAAGAUUUUGGUGUAUGCAAAGGUAAAAAACUGAAUGGACAAAAAUGUACCAAUUUUAUUAAUUUGCAAGAGAGUGAUUUUUGCAUAUUCCAUAUUCAAAAGGAGUUCAAAAAAGUUGCUAGACCUUUUGCUGCAAAAAAAAUUAAACUUGAUAAAUAUCAAAAAGUUCAGACGGCUUGUAGUAAAAGCACAUCUGCACAGCUUAGUGCUAAAACAUUAAUACAGAAGGAUAGAUUAAUAUUGGAUACAUUAAACUACAACAAAACAGCUGAAAAUAUAGCUACGGAUGAAUAUAACGUAAAAUCUAAUAUAUCGUCUGUAACUCAAAAAUUUAAUAACUAUGGAAUUGCUUCUAAAGUUGAACCAGAUGUAAAACAGCGAAAAAAAGAUUUGGAACGCGUCAAAUCACUCUAUUUGACAAAGAGUUCCUGUAAUACAUUUACUAAAAAUCGAAGCAGAAUAGAAUUAAAAG